AUGGCAGCCUCCAGUAAUGCAGUCAGCGAUGGUGAAUUUGAGCCUCUUGAGCCUUUGAGAAAUGUCUUAGAUCAGACGACACUGAGAUGGGUGUUUGUCGGAGGAAAGGGAGGUGUGGGAAAAACUACGUGCAGUUGCAGCCUUGCUGUUCAGUUGUCAAAAGUUAGAGAGAGUGUACUGAUAAUAUCCACAGAUCCCGCACACAACAUUUCAGACGCUUUUGAUCAGAAGUUUACCAAAGUUCCCUCGCCUGUAAGAGGUUAUAACAAUUUAUAUGCAAUGGAAAUUGAUCCCAAUCUUGGAUUAUCAGAGCUUCCUGAUGACUAUUUUGAUGAAUCAGAUCCUGUGAAUGUUGGUAAAGCUAUGUUUCAAGAAAUAAUGGGAGCAUUCCCUGGUGUUGAUGAAGCGAUGAGUUAUGCGGAAGUGAUGAGGUUAGUUAAGAGUAUGAAUUUCUCUGUUGUGGUGUUUGAUACAGCACCCACUGGCCAUACACUCAGGCUCCUUUCAUUCCCGGCAAUCGUUGAAAAAGGUUUAGGCAAAAUUCUCCGGCUCAAAUCUCAACUAAAUCCAUUCAUAAAUCAGAUGAGCAGUCUCCUUGGCAUGGGUGACAUAAGUGCUGACCAAAUGACAGGUAGAAUAGAAGAAGCUUUACCAGUGAUAAGACAAGUCAAUGAACAGUUCAGGAAUCCUGACCAAACAACUUUUGUAUGUGUGUGCAUAUCAGAAUUUUUAUCCUUAUACGAAACAGAAAGACUAGUACAAGAACUAACAAAGUGUAAAAUUGAUACGCAUAAUAUUGUUGUAAAUCAGUUACUGUAUCUUGAUCGAAAAUGUCCCACAGCGUGCAAGAUGUGUUCGGCUCGGUAUAAACUUCAAGCAAAGUAUUUAGAUCAGAUUGAAGAUUUAUAUGAAGAUUUCAAUGUAACAAAGUUACCAUUACUUGACCAUGAAGUUAGAGGGGUUGACAUGAUAGAGAAGUUCUCUAAAAAUCUUGUUACACCGUAUGAUCCAACAAAAUCAUAGAAUUCACAUUUUCUUCUCAAUAAAAAUAUGCUA